AUGGAGAGGAAGAGGAAGUUGCCCGCGAGGGCCUCGGCGCGUGUCGAACACGUCGCAAAGAAGCGCACCGUCACCCCUCCCGAGCCUCGGUCCGUUACGCCAGUCCCGGCUCCCGUCGAGGAGCCGCCGCCGCCGCCAUCGCUGCCGAAAUCAAUUCAGGCUGGCAAACCGCUACCGACCGUCGAGGACCCUCAGCCGGAUGACCUCCCUGCGAAGGAGUACCAGUCGUACCAAGAGAGCGGUGUUCUUGCUGAGUCGCUGAGUCGGUCUCGACACAAAUGGAUGGCCGAGGGGCUCUUCGAGAAGUACUGGACGAAGCCGGCACGGAAGAAGAACGCAACCGAAGACCCCAAGAACCCGGCCAAAGACACCAUGUCCAAGAUUGGCCAGGUUACAAUCACGAUUGAGCCUCAUGUUUUCGAGGCCACCAUGUGGGCCAUCAAGGACCCCAAACCUCCCGCUCCCACCACCCAGGCUUCCUUCCGGCCCAUCAUGCAAUAUGGUCCUCCCAAUGGAACCAUGCCUCCUCCGCCGACGCCCCCUUCUCUCGCCCAGAACGAGUCGAGGCCGACGCCCCCAGCUACAACCUCGGCCCCGCCGUCUCCGGCCCCUCACCAGAUCCAGUCGAGGCCUCCCUCGUCGACAGCGAAUGAGCCGCCAAAGGUGGUGCCCUCUCCACGAAGUCUGGAUCCCGUGCAGCCUGUCGCCGCAACACCACCUCCGCCGAGAUCAGUCACCUCCUCAUUGCCGGCGGCUGCGCCUGCGCCCGCUCCCGUCACUGCCCCAGGGACGCCCUCCAACUCUGUGUUCCCGUCCGCAGCAGCACCUUCAGCCCCCAAUUCACGGCCAUCGAGCUCGACACCCCAACCAGGGCCAGGAGCUGCCAAACCCCCGCCGGCUGCAAAGCCCCAGGGUACCGACCCAAUCAUCAUGACUUUGGCAGAGAAGGCCUCCGAGGACCCUCAUCUGCGAGACUUGAUGAAACGUGUGGCAGCCGGUGAAGCCAAGCCUGACGAGUUGAGCAACUUUCAGAAAAUCAUUGAUCAAAUCACAGCAGAGUACAAGAGGAAAGGCGGACAGCAAGGCCCUUCGGCGGACAGAUUGUUGGUCGACGGGCGCACGGUCAAGUACUUUGCCGAUGAGGUGCGUACGAUCCUGGACAUUGUGCUCGCCACAAAUCCCCGGCAGAAGUCGAGCGAGCUGCUUCCACCUCGCGGUAGCGACCCUCUUGUUGUUGCACUAGUGAGGGCGGCGCUGGAUGACGGCAAGGUGCGGGCCAUGAUCCGGAGGAUUGCCGAAGGCCAGCCAGGAUUCACAGACGCGACGGACCUCAAGGCAACCUUGGACAAGUUGCACAAGGACCUAAAGGGCACCCAAACCACCCCUCAGCCUCAGACCCCGACGCUGCAGACUCCUGUCAACGGCGGGCCAAACGGCCACGUCGUCAAACCAACACCGUCCGCGCCUGCUGCUUCCCCGGCUCCGUCUCCUGCGCCGGCACCCGGGACGCACCUGCAGCAUCCCCCUCAGCAAGCUUUGCGGUCAAAAGGUCCUCCUCCGGCUGCCAGGCCAGACAUUUCGGGCGUCUGUCUCGACUUUACAGGUGGAAAUGGUGACCGAUACCUGUUCCCGAAGUACAGCAUCCUGGAGUAUCUUCCUGGCGGGCAACAAGUUAUCGCGUCGUUCCUCAUCGUUCGCAAGGGCAGUCAGCUGGAAUACGGUGGCGAUGCGAAGCUCGACUAUUACCAGCCAGUCACGGUACGGAUAUACGCUCAGUCUGGUCGCCAUCUCGAGUACCUCCAGCGGGUUGUGGCACCCCCUGAUGAGGUCAGGAGGUACAUGGACGACGUGAUGGACAACAUGACCAGGGCCGAGUACGUGCUUCUCGCCAUGCGCCUUCCCCGAGGCGAGCGAGAACCCGACAGCGAGCAGAAUGGCAAAGAAGCCGCCGGCGGAGGCAACCAAGUCGGGAAGCCGGAGUCUUCUGCGCCUGGACACCCAGGCCCAAAGCAGCAGCCCGUGUUGUGGGGCCCGAUGACGUCCAGGUUCGUCCAAAAAUUCAACAAGCAGUGGUUUGAAGAGUGGAAGAAGAGCGAGAAAGCCGGCGACAAGAAAGCCCACGACAUCUUCCGGGAGUCCUGCGAGGCCGUCGGUCGCGACCCUCUGGACAAGGACAUAGAGUACGAGAAGAUGAUUGAACUUUUGGCAGCCAAGGAUGCCGAAUCAUCAUCUUGA